UACGAAAAAUAUGACUUAGAGAGCAUAUUCCUCCUGAACAUUGAUUUAACCCCAACUUGGAAAACGGGCCACCAGAAUUGGCAGGCAGCAACAAUAUCUCCUCCAUUCUCGCGAUUCAUAUGCAGAAGCCAUUGCUUCAUCUUUUUCCAGUUCCUUGAUGAAUUCUUCUUACUAGAGGAGGCAAUGGAAGAUCCACAACCUCAAAAAUUACGUGAAAAGAUCGAUGCCUAUAAAACAAUGGUAUGGGAGGCUUAUAGAAGCAAGCCAAUCUCAAUAUGGAUUCUGCUACUCCUUAGUUCAGCAUCUAUGCUAGUUGCAUUUCCCGCUUCCAGCCUCUUGUCCCGCCUUUAUUUUGCCAAUGGCGGGAAGAGCAAAUGGAUUAUUUCAUGGGUUGCGGUUGCGGGUUGGCCCCUCACCGCCCUCAUCUUGGUCCCCAUGUACUUUUUUCUGAGAAUACAUCCCACUCCAUUGGACCUCAAGUUGAUCAUCUCUUAUGUUGUGUUGGGAUUUUUAAGUGCUGCUGAUAAUCUCAUGUAUGCUUAUGCCUAUGCAUACCUCCCAGCUUCAACUGCUGCUCUUAUUGCAUCCACAUCGCUGGUUUUUUCUGCACUUUUCGGGUUCCUUUUAGUGAAAAACAAGAUGAAUGCGUCUAUUAUUAACUCGAUCGUGAUCAUCACUGCUGCCAUGGUCAUUGUUGCACUGGAUUCUAACUCCGACAGAUACGGGUACAUUACUAGCCAUGAAUACGCAAUGGGGUUUGUGUGGGAUAUUGUGGGCUCUGCCCUUCACGGGCUGAUAUUCGCUCUGUCGGAGCUGAUCUUUGUUAGACUGCUCGGCAGGAGAUCUUUCCAUGUCGUGUUGGAACAACAGUUAAUGGUUUCGCUCUUUGGGUUCCUCUUCACGACGAUCGGGAUGGUCGUGACAGGCGGUUUCCGGGGUAUGAAAUCCGAGGCGGCGACUUUUGUGGGCGGGAAGUCUUCGUACUAUCAAGUGAUCGUUUGGUCCAUUUUAACCUUCCAAUUCGGUAUUCUUGGAAGCACGGCGGUUGUGUUUAUCGCGUCCACCGUGCUCGCGGGUGUCCUGAAUGCUAUAAGAGUGCCGAUCACAAACAUUGCUGCGGUUGUGUUGCUGAGUGACCCUAUGAGUGGUUUCAAGAUCAUUUCUUUGAUAAUUACAUUUUGGGGAUUUGGCUCUUAUAUAUACGGCAGCUACCCAAUGAAGAAAGAUUCAUCCUCCCACAAUGAAAGCAGAGAAACAAGAGAAGCCAGCAAUUGAAAGAUAUAUCAUAUAUACUAGUAUAUACUUGUAUUCUGAUUCAUAAUUUAUGAUAGGCCAAUGAUAAACCUUAUGUCUUUUCCACUUUGUGCUAUGGCACCAUUCUUAGAAGCACACCUAGUAUUUUUUUUUUGGAGAGGGCUCCUCCACUAUAGUGUAUUAUUACUAGUGCAAUCAUGAGUGUAAGUUAUUGAUAUUGUUUUCGAAAAAAAAUAGGAAAAUAAUGAAACAACAUAUGUACUUGGGAUAAUUACUCUUAGCCCCUGAGGUUAUGUCAUCAUGAAGGCAACCUUGCAUUUUCAAAAAUAUAUUGAUUACCCUCUAAGUUUGGAUCAUUCUCAU